AUGGGGGCAGAAUCCUCGAAGAUGGUGGACGAAAGCGUCCCUCCGACGACACUGGAGAAACGCACUCUCGAGGGCGUCGUUAAAUAUAUCAAGGAGAAGAAAGUCCGCAAGAUCGUGGUCAUGACUGGUGCUGGCAUCAGUACAUCUGCAGGCAUCCCCGACUUCCGCUCCCCAGACACAGGUCUCUACGCCAACCUCGCGCGCCUCAACCUGCCGCAUCCCGAAGCUGUCUUUGAUAUAACUUAUUUUCGCCAGAAUCCUCAUCCGUUCUACGCACUGGCGAGGGAGAUGUUCCCUGGCAAGUUCAGGCCGAGCAUCACUCACUCGUUCCUAAGGCUGCUUUACGAUAAGGGGCUGCUUUUGAAGCUCUUUACGCAGAAUAUCGAUUGCCUGGAAAGAAAGGCUGGUGUCCCCGGAGAGCUAAUUGUCGAAGCACACGGGAGUUUUGCCACGCAUAGCUGCAUAGACUGCAGGACCGAUUACCCGGACGAUUUGAUGAUCAAGGCGAUUGCGGCCAAUGAUAUACCCUUAUGUCCAGAGUGUAUGGGACUCGUCAAGCCAGACAUAGUGUUCUUCGGGGAAGCUCUGCCCUCGCACUUUUUCGCCAACCGUGACCUGCCUGCUGAGGCGGAUCUGUGCAUCGUCAUGGGCACCAGUCUCAGCGUUCAGCCGUUUGCUAGCUUACCAAGUCUAUGUCGGGAGGAGACCCCCCGUAUUCUUAUCAAUCUUGAACAGGCCGGCUCCCUGGGAUCGCGGCCGGACGAUGUACUAAUCCUGGGGGACUGCGAUAAGGGGGUGAGACGGCUGGCAGAUGCUCUCGGAUGGCUAGAGGAGCUGGAAGAGCUCUGGGCCAAGACGUGUCCGGAGAAGGACAAGCAGAGUCAGGAGCAACAGAAGGAACCAGCAACUCAGGAUGAGCGUCUUCACAACGAAGUAGACCGUCUCUCGGCAGAAGUAGAGUCUGCCCUAAAGGUCUCCCGGGACCAUGAAACACGGACAAAGGCUCAGCUAGAAGCACUUCAGGAGAAAGAAGGUGAGAGGAAGUUAGACGAGCCUAUCAAAAAUGAAGAGACACGGCCAGCCGAAGACCAGUUAACCGCAUCAAUGGCUACCCUUGAGGCAAACGAGCCGACAGUGAUACAGGCCGAGAUCGAUGCUUUAACCGUCGAUACAGCAGACACAAUGGUUCCAGUUCCUCGCAAGCGGCCGUCCCGCAAGGGAUCCAUGGUCGACAUGCCCAAGGCCCUGCUUGACGAGAUCAAAGCAUUGGAAGAGACCUUCACAGUCGAUACGGCCAGGCUGAAGAAAAUCGUUGAGCAUUUCAUCAAUGAGCUCACAAAGGGCCUCACCGUAGAAGGUGGAAAUAUUCCUAUGAACGUUACCUGGGUUCUGGGAUUCCCCACGGGCCACGAACAGGGUACAUUCCUUGCACUAGAUAUGGGCGGCACCAACCUGCGUGUUUGCGAGAUUGUCCUGUCAGAAGAAAAGGGGGAGUUCGACAUUACUCAAUCAAAGUACCGCAUACCGGAGGAAUUGAAAUCUGGUACUUCGGAAGAGCUAUGGGAGUACAUCGCCGACUGCGUUCAGCAGUUUAUUGAAUAUCACCACGAUGAAGAGAACUUGCCUGAUCUGCCUCUGGGUUUCACUUUCUCCUACCCGGCAACCCAAGAUUACAUUGACCACGGUGUCCUACAGCGAUGGACCAAAGGGUUUGAUAUCGAUGGAGUUGAAGGAGAGGAUGUGGUGCCCAUGUUGGAGAGUGCACUAGAAAAGAAGGGGCUGCCCAUUAAAGUUGCCGCGUUGAUAAACGAUACUACCGGAACGUUGAUCGCUUCCUCGUAUACCGACUCUGAAAUGCGGAUUGGCUGCAUCUUCGGAACCGGUGUCAAUGCCGCAUAUAUGGAAAAUGCUGGUUCAAUACCCAAAAUCGCACAUUAUAAUCUGCCCCCGGACACCCCAGUUGCGAUAAAUUGCGAGUACGGCGCCUUCGAUAACGAGCGCAUCGUCCUACCCCUAACCACAUACGACAAGAUCAUCGACCGGGACUCUCCUCGUCCAGGGCAACAGGCGUUCGAGAAAAUGACCGCUGGUCUCUACCUCGGCGAAAUCUUCCGUCUCGUUCUGGUCGACAUCAUUGAUAACAAAGGCGGUAUCAUCUUCCAGGGUCAAAAGACCGAUAACCUCCGAAAACCAUACUUCCUGGACUCAUCUUUCCUUUCGGCCAUUGAAGAGGAUCCGUUUGAGAACUUGUCUGAAUCUCGCGACCUCUUUGAACGUACCCUUGGGAUCCAGCCUACCAAACCAGAGCUUGAGCUGUGCAGACGUCUUGCCGAACUUAUCGGAACCAGAGCUGCCCGUAUCUCCGCUUGUGGGGUUGCUGCAAUCUGCAAGAAGAAGAACAUCACAUCCUGCCACGUUGGUGCCGAUGGCUCUGUGUUUAACAAGUAUCCCCACUUCAAGCAGAGAGGUGCUAAGGCCCUUCGCGAGAUCCUUGACUGGGCUGAUAACGAAGCGGAUAAGGUUGUUAUGAGCUCUGCCGAAGAUGGUUCAGGUGUUGGUGCAGCUCUUAUCGCUGCGUUGACCCUGGAGCGUGUCAAGGCAGGUAACUUGGCUGGUGUCCGGAACAAGGAGAACAUAACCCAGAUGCUCAAAAGCUAG